GUUCAGUUUGCGGGACGCCACGCGACCGUUCCUUGACAGAUCUACCAUCUGCGCAAAAUGACAGACUGGUAUCCCAACGAUGGUUUGCGAAAGCGGGCACCUAUUGGGGUAGCCAAUACAGGGGCCGCUUAUGCUCCCGUAGACGAGGACCCACAGGACAGAGAAGAUGACAAGACUUUUAAACCGCAAAGACGACCGCAGAUGGUCCCCAUUUGGCCAACAACAACCCAGCAAUGGAUUAUUCCCGCCCUUCUCUCCGUAGCCGCACUAUUUACGCGAUUGUAUAAAAUUGGCAGUGCGGACUUCGUUGUUUGGGAUGAAGCUCACUUUGGGAAAUUUGCUGGGCAUUAUAUCAAACGAAGGUUCUAUUUUGAUGUGCACCCACCUCUCGGAAAGAUGAUCAACGGACUUGCGGGCUUCAUUGCCGGCUUCAACGGGACAUUUGAGUUCGAGUCAGGUCACCAGUACCCCCAGGAACUGAACUAUACCGUCAUGCGGAUCGUGAAUGCUUUAUUUGGGGCCGCCAUGAUUCCCCUGGCGUAUUUCACGGCGAUACAACUACACUUUUCAAAGCCUGCAUCCUUCCUGAUGGCGAUCAUGGUGUUAUGCGAUAUCGCAUUGAUGACUAUUAGUCGUUUCAUCCUAUUGGACUCGAUGCUGCUGUUCUUUACGACUUUGAGCGUGUUUUGUCUCACCGUAUUUCGGAACCUUCAACGUACCGCGCCGUUUUCUAAGGAAUGGUGGACAUGGCUCUUUGCUACCGGGGUAUCGAUUGGCGCUGUCGCGAGUGUGAAGUGGGUGGGUCUGUUUGCGGUAGCUCUGGUGGGAUUGCAUACCAUAGAGGACCUUUGGGAAAUGCUUGGAGAUCUCAAAAUGCCUCCGUCACAUUAUGCCAGGCACUGGAUGGCCCGUAUAGCUGGCCUCAUUCUUACUCCAAUAGCUAUUUACUUAUUCUCCUUUGUGAUUCACUUUGCGAUUUUAAAUCGGAGCGGACCAGGAGAUGCACAGAUGAGUUCCCUCUUCCAAGCUCAUUUGCUUGGAAACGAUUUCGAUCAGAAUCCGCUAGAAUUGGCGUACGGAUCGAAGGUUACCUUGAAGAACAACGGACAUGGCGGCGGUCUACUACAUUCUCAUGUACAACGCUACCCCACCGGGUCUGAACAACAACAAGUGACAUGCUAUCAUCACAAAGACAGCAACAAUGAUUGGAUCAUUACCAAACCGUGGGGAGAAGAAAAGCAGUCGGGAUUCGGAGAUGAAAUUGAGUUUGUAAAGGAUGGAGAUCUUAUUCGGCUUGUUCAUGCGCAAACUGGGCGAAACCUCCACAGUCAUUCUGUUAAGGCGCCCGUUACAACGUCGCAAAAUGAAGUUAGUUGUUACGGAAAUUCAACGUUGGGAGAUGCGAAUGACUUGUGGAAAGUCGAGAAAGUGGAUGACAUGGUCGAUAGGCAGUCGCCUCGAAUUCGAUCGCUUACCACUCGCUUCAGAUUGCGUCAUAACCUUCAAGGAUGUCUACUUCGAUCACAUGCGGUGUCGCUUCCCCAAUGGGGGUUCAAGCAGGCUGAAGUUGUCUGUCAGAAAAACGGCGACCCGAACAAUCGAAAUCAUAUGUGGAACAUCGAACAGCACUGGAAUGAUGACCUCCCACCAGGGGGCAAAGGAGCAUAUCGUUCAAAGUUUCUAAAAGAUUUUAUCGAUCUCAACGUCGCCAUGUGGACCUCGAACAAUGCGCUGACGCCUGACCCAGAUAAAGAACCUGAUGCUCUCACAUCAAAGCCUUAUCAAUGGCCGCUUAUGCUUGUGGGAUUGCGAAUGUGCAGCUGGGCAGACGAUGCGAGGAAAUUCUGGUUGAUAGGAAAUCCCGUGGUCUGGUGGGGAAGCACAGCGAGUUUGGUCACAUUUUUGCUAGUGCUCGGGAUUUACGGUAUCAGAUGGAAGAGGAGAUACAGUGAUUGGGAACGUCCUGGAACUUGGGAUAAUUUCUACUUUGCUGGCAAAAUUGGCUUCGUUGGAUGGGUCCUGCACUAUGCCCCUUUUUGGAUUAUGGGCCGUGUGACAUAUCUUCACCACUAUUUCCCGGCUCUCUACUUUGCCAUCAUCACCUUCACAUUUCUUGCAGAUCACCUUGCAUCUAAGCUUCCGGGACCUCUUCAUUUUACCGCGAUUUCGUUGCUUGGGCUGCUUGUAGUAUCCAAUUUCGUGUAUUUCCAGGAUUUUGCAUAUGGGUUUACAGGACCAGCACAUGAGUAUAGAAAUCGGAAAUGGGUUAGCAGUUGGAACUUACAUGAUUGACGUGACGAUCGGUCGAGAUAAUAUAUUUUGGGGACUGUGAUUUAGAUAAUAUAUCUGGGUGGAAUCUAAAUUGAUUAA